UAAGAUAAAACACAAGUAAAAGUCAGCAAAAUAGACAUAGGGCUGAGAAUCAAGAAAAUGGGCAAGUCGUCGGCGACAAGCAAGGAUGCACAAGCACUAUUCCACUCCCUCCGUUCAGCUUACGCCGCCACUCCCACCAAUCUCAAGAUCAUCGAUCUGUACGUGAUUUUCGCUGUCGCAACGGCUCUCAUCCAGGUAGUCUAUGUGGCUCUCGUAGGGUCAUUUCCAUUCAACUCUUUCCUAUCCGGAGUGCUCUCUUGUGUAGGAACAGCAGUCCUAGCUGUUUGUCUUCGCAUUCAAGUCAACAAAGAGAAUAAGGAAUUUAAGGAUUUGCCUCCAGAACGUGCAUUUGCAGAUUUUGUUCUUUGCAACUUGGUGCUCCAUUUAGUAAUAAUGAACUUCCUCGGUUGAUUAGUUGAUUGGCGACAACAAUAUUGAGAUAGGAAAAAAGUCUUAGUAGGGUCAAGCCACAUCAACCACAUUUUAUAUUAAAGUAUUAUAUUUGUGGAUGGUAUCUGGGAUAGCUCUAUAUGAGUUUAUAGACUUUAAUUUAGAUUGAAUGUUCAAAAAGGAUGGAUCUGUCUUCAGUUUUUUCAAUGAAUGUUUUGUGAUUUAAUAAUAUGCGCCUGAUCAGAAA